AUGUCUGCGCCCAUGCUGUCCACGGGAAUUGUACGGCAAACGCUGCGCUCGGGCAGACAAAAUGUGGAUAAUUUUAGGUUAGCAAGAAAUGGAAAUCCACUACCCGCUGAGCGUGGGCCAGAUUUCGUUUUUCCCAGAAGAAGUACUUCUUCGUACUGCCUUGAAUUGGUCAGGAAACAUGAUUAUGAAAACUUCUUAUGCACUCUGCUGUUGCCAAACCAAGCACGUGCUGGGGUGUUUGCAAUCCGUGCAUUUAAUGUCGAGUUGGCACGGGUCCGCGACACAGUGUCAGAGUCGCAGAUCGGUCUCAUGCGGCUCCAGUUCUGGUCGGACGCCAUUGACAAGACGUUCCGCGACGAUCCCCCCCAGCAGCCUGUGGCACUGGAGCUGCACAGGGCUACGAAGAAUCCACCGGAUCUCCAAGGGAUGGCUGAAGCGGCUGGUGGAAACCUAGGUCUGGCGGUGGGAUCCGAGCAGCUGCAGCUGGCCAGCCGUCUGGGCCGGGUGCAGGGCGUGACCUCGUUGCUGCGCCGCCGGUUGUGGCGUGGCCGCGACCAACCCGGCCUGCGUGAGGUGACCUUCGAGGUGGCCAGCGUCGCCCACCGGCACCUGGAGCACGUGAAGGAGCACUUCGCCGAGCUGCCGGUGGCGGCGCGUUCGGUGUUCCUGCCAGGCGUGGCGGUGGCCAGCUACCUGCGCCGCCUGCAAAGGGCCGACUUUGACGUGUUCCACCCGGCGCUGCAGCGUCGCGACGGCUGGCUGCCCGCCCGCCUCUGGUGGGCACGGCUGAGGCGCACGAUGUGAGCAGCCGGUUGGCGGCUGGCGUCACUCCGCAGACAGCUUCUCCUGGGGUUGUUACGCUGUUCCUGUCGGAACCCCCGAGGCUCGAUCCCACUGAGGCUGUUGGUGUUAUGAAGAAUUCGAUUGAAGCGUCAAUGUUGGUGAUCGUUGCGCAGGCUCUUAAGCACUGAAGUUAGGCUUGUAGUUGUGCAAUAAAUGCAAGUGUCUGUCA